ACCGACGCACAAUGCCACCAUACAUAGCCUCUCACUCAAUUUCUCUCACAUAAACACAAACACACUGUUCACUCUCUCUCUCUCUCUCUCUCUCUCUCUUUGCUUUCUGUGUCUCUCUGCUACAAGCCGACGACAAACUCCGCGCUGGCAAAGAUUCCCUUCUCCCCUCCUUUGUCCUCCUUUUUCCCUUUUCCUUUUCUCUUAUCUUCCUCCGCACAAACCCUAAGCUCUGAAAUUUUCCCGAGAAACAAACAGGCAAACCCAACAACUAUCAGAGAAUCCCAAUCCCACCGUCAUGUUUCAGCUGAUCUCGCCUUAACCCAACACGUCUCUUUCCCCAUACACUCUUAAAGUUGUCUUCUUUUUCGAGCCUGAUGGGCUGCACGAGCUCCAAACUUGACGAUCUUCCGGCCGUGGCUUUAUGCCGAGAGCGCUGCGGCUACCUCGACGAGGCGAUUCACCAGCGCUAUGCUCUGGCAGAAGCCCACUUCGCUUAUAUUCACUCCCUCAGAGACAUCGGCCACUCUCUGCAUAAAUUCAUCGAACAGGAGGUGGGCAAUUCAUCUGGGUCACCUCCUUCUCCCCACCUCAACCUCCCUCCUGUCCGAAAAGGGGGCACCAAAUCGUCGCCGCCGCACCACUCUCAUUCAAAUUCAGGCUCCCAUCUUCACUUUCACUCCGAUUCCGACGACGACGACUUGGGCUCGCUCCACCACUCGGACCACUCGUCGCCGCUGCACAAUACUCACCCUGGCAGCCAUAUUGAUUACAUAAGCAACGGCCAGGAGGGUUUCCAGGAGGGUUUUAGCUCGUACCCAGAUGGGUACAUGCGCAUGAAUUACAUGAGGAACAAAGCGACACCGUCUGUGGUGUAUCAGCAGAAACCCAUGAGCCCAGAGAACGUGUAUCACAUGGGUGAAUCUUCUUCUUCUUCAAAUUCGUAUUAUGGAUAUCCUAAUUCAAAUCCUAAUCCGAACAACACUGCUAAUCCUUACCCCUAUUAUGGUGGGUACAACAAUUACGGUGGCGGGGGUGGGGGGUAUUAUGGUAAUUCAUCUCCGCCGCCGCCUUACGGAGCCAUAUCGUCGUCGCCGGCUUCGGCUUCCACCUCUGCGAAGCCGCCUCCGCCUCCGCCAUCGCCGCCGAGAGCUUCGGCUUGGGAGUUUUUGAACCCGUUCGAGACUUACGAUAAGUACUACUCGGCCUACACGCCGAGCCGAGACUCGAAGGAAGUGAGAGACGAAGAGGGAAUUCCCGAUUUGGAAGACGAAGAGUACCAGCAGGAGGUGGUGAAGGAGGUGCAGAGAGAUCACAAGCAUGUGGUCGAUGGCGGGAAGCAUUCCAAGGCUGUUGUGGACGAUGAGUUAGCUGAAACGCAGCCUUCCUCGCUUUAUCAAGCGAGGCCGAGCGUGGAGACCGAUGGUGGUGGGGCUGAGUAUGAGGUCCAUGUGGUGGAGAAGAAGGUUGUGGAUGAGGACGAGAGGCGCGAGGACCGUGGCAAUGGCGGCGGUGCACCUAAAGUUCGACCGGGGUCUCGGGAUGCUUUUGAAGUAGCUCGAGAGAUUGAGGUUCAGUUUCAGAGAGCUUCCGAGUCCGGGAACGAAAUUGCCAAGAUGCUCGAGGUGGGAAGGCUUCCACAUAAUCGAAAACAUGUUUCUUCCAAGAUGAUGUCGUUAGUGUCUUCGCAACCUUCUACUUCAAAGAGUGCUGAGCCAUCGGCCUCUGAAAUAGCUGGUCCUGCUCAAUUGGGGUUUGAUGAAGAAAUGAUGAUGAGGUCCAAAAAUCUCUCUUCUACCUUAGCCAAGCUGUAUCUUUGGGAGAAGAAACUCUAUAAUGAAGUAAAGUCUGAGGAAAAGAUGCGGGUAAUCCAUGACAGAAAGGUCCGUAAGCUUAAACGUUUAGAUGAAAAGGGAGCGGAGGCUCACAAAGUUGAUACAACUCGAACUUUAAUAAGGAGUCUGUCCACAAAAAUCAGAAUUGCAAUUCAAGUUGUUGACAAAAUAUCUGUGACCAUAAAUAAGAUUAGGGAUGAAGAAUUAUGGCCACAACUGAAUGAAUUAAUUCAAGGGUUAACCCGGAUGUGGAAAUGCAUGCUUGAUUGUCAUCGUACUCAGUGCCAAGUGAUUAGAGAAGCCAGAGGUUUAGGUCCUAUAGGAUCUGGAAAAAGGCAUGAUGAUGCUCAUCUUGAUGCUACAUCGCAGCUUGAGCAUGAGCUUAUUAACUGGACUUUCAGAUUCUCUACUUGGAUUAGUGCUCAAAAGGGUUAUGUGAGAGCUUUGAACAAUUGGCUUCUAAAAUGUCUUCUGUAUGAACCUGAAGAAACACCAGAUGGAAUAGUUCCUUUUUCACCUGGUAGGAUAGGUGCGCCUCCUGUCUUUGUGAUCUGUAACCAAUGGUCACAAGCUUUGGAGAGAAUAUCAGAAAGAGAGGUGGUUGAAACUAUGCGUGUCUUCACCACGAGUGUCUUACAGGUUUGGGAACAAGAUAAGCUUGAAAUGCGCCAGAGGAUGGUAGCACACAAGGAUCUAGAGAAAAAAGUUAAGAACUUGGAUAGAAAGGACCAAAAAUUACAGAAGGAAAUUCAGGCACUAGACAAGAAAAUUGUGCUAGUAUCAGGGGAUGUUGACACUCUCUCAGUUACUGGACAGAUUGUAUAUCAGAGUGACACUAGAAAUAGUACUUUACAGGCUAGUCUGCAACGCAUUUUUGAGGCCAUGGAAAAGUUCACCGAUAACUCCACAAAAGCUUAUGAGGAGCUUUUGCAACGUAACGAAGAAGAUAGGCUUGCGAGAGAGCAAGAGAGGGUUUCAUAGGGUCUGUUGUUAGAUGGAGUUAUAACUAUCCCUUUUGCAUUGAUGACUUGGUUUAUUAUCUGCACUUUCAGCUGUCAAGGCGAAUGAAUGGAAGCUCUCUAGUUCUUUGAGGGUCGAUUACCAUAGAGUUCAAGAAUUUAUUCCUUGGAGCAAGCUUUUCCUCCAUCUGUUGGCUGCCAUUUCAUUGUCUGCUAGGCUAGUUAUUGUUGCUGAGAGAAGACUAAUCAGGAUCAUCUGUAAUAGCUCAGCAGUAAGCCAUGCUUGAGGCUUCCAAUUACAGUGCAAGAUAUUUAUCUGGGCUGGCUCUGCAGUUUUAAUUUAAGGAGACAACCAGUACAGUUGAUUGACGACAACAGCUGAAUAUUUAUACAAGCAAAGACAAUGAACAACAAUGCACACGAGCAAAGGCGAGGGGCAACCACAAGAUAAGUUAUUGCUGAUUAUGAAUCAACUUGGUCCACUGCCUGACAACAGAAAUGAUUUUAAAGCUGCUUCUGGCCGAAGUGUUCGCUGAAUCGAUGAUUGCUCGUAGAAUCACAUUAUGAACAACUCUUACCGCUCCGUGAAUCAGCGAGAUCUACUUUCUAUGGAGUGGGGCUCCUUUCUUGAGCUAAAUAUUGCAAUUUAGCAGCAUAUGAGAGAGACAUGGAAAGAAGGGCAAGAAGAGAGCUACUUUCACAAAUCAUAAAGUACCAAGACUUUGCACAAGUCGGCCAAAAUAAUUCAAGUAAGCGGCUGUCCUUUUCAGUUUUGUGAUGAUGAUGAGUUUCAGUGUAUU